GUACGAGCACCGGUUCGGCCCUCACUCACUCUCUCCAUAUUACCCGGAAUCCUGCUUUCGGCAACUGGAAAUCGAGGAAUUAUCCACAGGUCAUUUAAUCAUGUAAACUCGUGCAUGCUUGACGAGGCACGGCAUCGCCCGAGGGCCUCUCAUCGGCUUUUAAAAACCAACAGGAUUCCCCCUGCAGAGACCACUGACCGAACUGCUCACCACGGGGGCCAAACUCAAGUGUAUCCUGCAGCUUCUUUCAUCCAAAGCAAACCAAGAGCCAGAAUGGAGUUUCACUACGCCAAAGAGAUGAACGGAACCGUGCCCACGGUCACUAAGCUGAGCAAGUGCAUUGAGUCUAAACACAGCGAUUCGUGCAAAGAGGAGAAAGACUUAAAGGAAGCCGCAGAUUCGACCAAGUUGUUUUGCAUAGAGAAAGCUUAUAGUACCAUCCUGAGCGAGCUUGGAGAGAACACCGAACGAGAGGGGCUUUUACGCACACCGUUACGCGCAGCCAAAGCCAUGCAGUUCUUCACAAAAGGCUACAAGGAGACGACCCAAGCGAUCUUGAACGAUGCAAUCUUUAAUGAAAACCACGAUGAGAUGGUGAUUGUCAAGGACAUCGAUUUGUUCUCUCUUUGUGAACAUCAUCUGGUGCCAUUCUUUGGAAAGGCUCACAUUGCAUACCUUCCAAACAAGAAAGUGGUUGGUCUGAGCAAGCUUGCCAGAAUUGUUGAGAUCUUCAGCAGGAGGCUCCAAGUUCAGGAGCGUCUAACCAAACAGAUAGCGACAGCCAUCAGCGAGGCGUUGGAGCCCGCAGGAGUGGCAGUGGUGAUUGAAGCUGUUCACAUGUGCAUGGUGAUGAGAGGUGUGCAGAAGAUGAACGCCAAGACUGUAACAAGUGUCAUGCUGGGAACGUUCCAAAACGAUCACAGGACCCGGGAGGAGUUUCUUUCUCUGACACUGGGGGAAUGAGAAGUUUUGAUCUCGGCAGGCAGUUCUACAGAGGGAAAUGUCCACCAACACCUUUGGAUCUUCCUGUGUGUAUCAGUUAGUUUUUUUUUGCUGUUUCAUCUGUUUUCAUUUGGAGAUGGUUCAGCUGAUAUCUAUCUAUCUAUCUAUCUAUCUAUCUAUCUAUCUAUCUAUCUAUCUAUCUAUCUAUCUAUAUAUAUAUAUAUAUAUAUAUAUAUAUAUAUACAAGGAAUUAAUCUAAAGAAGCCGUGGAGUAGUAAUGCUCCAGGUACAUUUCACAAUGUAAAUGUAAAGAUUUUAAAUCUUAUUGAUUGAAAGACAUAUUUAUUUCAGAAUGUCUUAUUGGGUGCUAAAAUACACUUUACAAACAACAUAAUCCUGUACUGUGUGCUAUAUGGUGCUAUAUGGUGCUAUAUGAUGUUAUAUGGUGCUAUAUGAUGA